GCGUGAUUGCCCUCUGAGACCAUCUGAUUUAGUUUGUUGCUUUAAUUUGCCAAACUGUGGGCUGAACACUGCAAUGUUGGCCAAUGAUCUUGAGGGGCACCGAAGACUAUAAAUUGUAAUUACACAGGCUAUUUAAUAGUUAAUGCACAGUGGGCUUUACUUUUCAUCUGCAACUUCAGCCUUGGUGUCAUGGAUCUGUGUGUGACCAUCAAAGGGGUCUCCUUCCUCUUGCAAACAGGUAUGGGCAUCUUGGGGAACGCCAUGGUGCUGCUGGCGUAUGGCCUAAUCAUUUACACUGAACCCAAGCUCCUUCCCGUGGACAUGAUCCUGUGUCACCUGGCCUUCGCCAACCUGAUGCUGCUACUGACCCGCUGCGUCCCCCAGACCAUGACUGUGUUUGGGCUGAGGGACCUGCUGAAUGAUCCUGGCUGUAAGGUGGUGAUCUACGCCUACCGCAUCGGCCGGGCUUUGUCAGUCUGCAUCACCUGCAUGCUCAGUGUGUUUCAGGCAGUGACCAUCGCCCCUGCCGGGCCACGUUUGUCCAGGUUAAAACUUGCACUUCCCUCACUGGUCCUACCAACCUUUGCAGCACUGUGGCUCCUCAACAUGGCCAUAUGCAUCGCAGCACCUUUUUUCUCUAUGGCCCCACGUAAUGGCACCGUCCCUGCCUUUACUCUCAAUCUGGGCUUCUGUCAUGUGGACUUCAGAGACAACCUGUCCUAUGUGAUUAAUGGGGUGGCUGUCUCUGGGAGGGAUUUUGCCUUUGUCGCCCUGAUGGUGGGCUCAAGUGGUUACAUCCUGCUGCUUCUCCACCGCCACAGCCACCAGGUGAGAGGGAUCCGUCGCUCUCAAGGCAGUGGAGCAGAGACCAAGGCGGCCAAAACAGUGGUCACCUUGGUAGUUCUGUAUGUGUUCUUCUUCGGGAUUGAUAACGUGAUCUGGAUCUACAUGCUGACGGUGGCGAAGGUGUCACCAGUGGUGGCUGAUAUGAGGGUGUUCUUCUCCUCCUGCUACGCCUUUCUCAGCCCCUACUUUAUAAUUUCCUCCAACAAGAAGGUCAAGGCGAAGAUCGUGUGUGCAGCUGGGCAAGACCAACCAUCAGCCGACAAUCAGGAGUCGAGUGACAAAUGACUCUUUCUCUGUCUUGACAGGCUGUCGACCGACCUGCAAGACAGCAGAGUUGUUCUCUCGGAGCUUAUCAUUUUGAACACUGGUGCACAGAUGACUGUCAUUUAGCUAAACAAUGGACCCUUUAGAAAGUAGUCCUAGACAGUAGUGUCUUGCAGUGGUGUUACGGGGUUUUCUCUUAUAUGUAUACUUUCAUCAAAAUCAUAAAUACACAUACAUGUGGUUUGUGGUUGUUUUGUAUGUCAGCAAAAAAACACAUCAUCCGCAUCAUUGUCAUUAGAGCUGAAAGAAUUAGUCAAUCGGGAAAUAAAUCUGCAUAAAUUUUGA